GUCGCUUGGUUUUGUUUUCACUCUUUUCUUCCUCAUCAUCUCUUCUUUCACACCUAUUCUUCCUCCCUCUACCCUUCAAGAACAGACUAAAGCGCACACAAUGGCCGAUCAAUUAACCGAGAACCAGUUGGCCGAGUUCAAAGAGGCCUUCUCCCUCUUCGACAAGGAUGGCGAUGGUACCAUCACAACCAAGGAGCUCGGCACAGUCAUGCGCUCUUUGGGCCAGAACCCAACCGAGGCCGACCUUCAGGAUAUGGUCAACGAGGUGGAUGCAGAUGGCAACGGCACUAUCGACUUCCCCGAGUUCUUGACAAUGAUGGCCCGCAAGAUGGUUGACACCGACUCUGAAGAGGAAAUUAAGGAAGCUUUCAAGGUCUUCGACAAGGACGGCAACGGUUAUAUCUCUGCUGCCGAGCUCCGUCACGUCCUCACUAACCUUGGUGAACGCUUGACUGACAGCGAGGUCGAUGAAAUGAUUCACGAGGCUGACGUUGACGGUGAUGGUCAAAUCAACUACGAGGAAUUCGUUCGCAUGAUGAUGAGCAAGUGAAAAGGAUCUGUCACUCUUUGACCUGUUUAUAUUACUCAAUGGAGGAAGGACGAUCUUGCUCAGACAGAAUCCUGCAGCCAUAAUGGAUCUCCAGGAAUAUAAAGAUAGCAAGAAAAAAAUGAAUGUCUUCUGUUUGU